CCUCAGUGUUCACCGCGUGGCAGACGACCAUGGGUUGCCGGCAGAGUUCAGAGGAGAAGGAGGCGGCCCGGCGCUCCCGGCGGAUCGACCGCCACCUGCGCUCGGAGAGCCAGCGGCAGCGGCGUGAGAUCAAGCUCCUUCUGCUGGGCACCAGCAACUCUGGCAAGAGCACCAUCGUCAAGCAGAUGAAGAUCAUCCACAGUGGAGGCUUCAAUCUGGACGCCUGCAAGGAGUACAAGCCCCUCAUCCUCUACAACGCUAUUGACUCGCUCACACGCAUCAUCCGCGCUCUCGCCACGCUCAAGAUCGACUUCCACAACCCUGACCGCGCCUACGACGCCGUGCAGCUCUUCGCCCUGACCGGGCCGGCCGAGAGCAAAGGGGAGAUCACAGCGGAGCUGCAUGGUGUAAUGAAGCGCCUGUGGGAUGACUCAGGGGUGCAGGAGUGCUUCUGCCGCUCCAACGAGUACCACCUGGAGGAUAACACUGCCUACUAUCUGAACGACCUGGACCGCAUCUCCUCCAACGAGUUCAUCCCCACCGUGGAGGACAUCCUGCGCUCCCGCGACAUGACCACGGGCAUUGUGGAGAACAAGUUCACCUUCAAGGAGCUCACCUUCAAGAUGGUAGACGUGGGGGGGCAGCGCUCAGAGAGGAAGAAGUGGAUCCACUGCUUCGAGGGCGUGACCGCCAUCAUUUUCUGUGUGGAGCUAAGCGGCUAUGACCUCAAGCUCUAUGAAGACAACCAGACGAGUCGUAUGGCAGAGAGCCUGCGUCUGUUUGACUCCAUCUGCAACAACAACUGGUUCACCAACACCUCACUCAUCCUCUUCCUCAACAAGAAGGACCUGUUGGCCGAGAAGAUCAAGCGCAUCCCUUUGACCGUGUGCUUCGCCGACUACAGAGGUCAGAACACCUACGAGGAAGCAGCGGUCUACGUGCAGCGCCAGUUUGAGGACCUCAACCGCAACAAGGAGACCAAGGAGAUCUACUCGCACUUCACCUGUGCCACAGACACCAGCAACAUCCAGUUUGUGUUCGAUGCAGUCACAGAUGUGAUCAUCCAGAACAAUCUCAAGUACAUUGGGCUGUGCUAGGACUGGGGAUAGGGUGGGGGGAGAGCGGGCUGCUUGGCAGCAGUAGGCCCGCUUGCUACCAGGCACGGUACACACAAGGUCUGCCUGUCUGUCCGUCUCUUUGAGGAAGUGAAAGAAAGAAAAAACCUGCAAGGGGGUUGGGGAUUGUCAGGGACAGGCUAUAGUUUCAACCAACCUGCUUGAAAUGUUAGAGUUGAGGGUCAAAGGUCAAGAUGGGAUUCACCCAAGGUCAGCAUAAAUGUGUUUGCACUGAAUAUAUAAGUAUGUAGAGACACACAAACACACAUGUACACACACAUCCUUAUUUUUGCUCACACACAAGGACUUGGGAUCAACUGUCAAGCAUUUGUUUGACAUGGAAACACUGGAAACUGAAGACCGUGUCACCUACUCUUUGCCUGCCAAACUUGGGAUUGAGCAGUCCGAGUUCUUUACUGUCAGUUUCAAAGUUACAUUUGUCUUUUUAGGUUGUUUGAUUUACCUGAGUCAUUGAAUGCUGCUUUGCGAGAAGAAUUUUGAAAAUCAAUAAUUUCCUUUGGAUUUUUCCCCCUUAAAAGGUGAGUUCACCUGGCAAGGUAUAGGGAGAUGAUGAGUCACAGAUGUCCUGGGAAUAUCGUACGAGGACAUGACUUACUGUAUAUCACAGGGUUUCCGUCCAUAGGAGAAAACUUCCACAGUCUGAAGCUGAAGUAAAGGGUAUUUAUCUACACACAUUGGAUCUCAUUUUUUGAGGGCUGAAUGGCUCUUCGUGGUUAUUCUGUUGGUCUUUCUUCAUUUGUCAAAACCUGCCUUUUAGAGCAGGUCUCUCUGACUUACCAGGAGAGUGUUUCACGCCAUAGAGUCAUCGAGUGUUCUCUAAGAUCAUUCCAGUUUCCUGCAACAAAGACUUUAAAAAAACAGUGCCAAUUUUAGUGUAAAUAAAAACAGAUCCCAUCAAUAAUAUUAUCUUUUGGGUUUUUAUUGACAGAAACCGUAAAACAUGCAUGAUUUUGUUACUUUGGGAUAUUGAUACAUUUUUCUUCCGAUAUGAUUACUUUUAUUUUAGGUUUAACUAAUAUAUUCCCCCAAAAUAUAUAUAAAAGUCAAACACUGUGUACGAUUGUACAGCUGUUGUCUAAGAGGAAUAUAUUGAAAAGAGUUCUAUAAAUGGAGAUGAUGAUGAUGGUGAUGACAUCAAUGACAAGCUCAUUACAAACCCAGCAUGAGAACAUACUGUGGAUGGAGGGAGGAUUAAAGGAGAAAAGUUAAGACUGCAAAAAAUAUGAAUGACAAAAAAAAAAAAAACGUUUCAGUUUAACCCUCCUUGCAUUGUCUAUGUGGACGUGGUUAUACAGUGGGUUUGAUGUGUAAAUAUGCUGUAAGGUUCACUGUUAAAACAAAUGAUCAAUAAAAGGUUGAGUUAGAGUGAAAGAGAACGUGAGAGAGAGGGAUGAAAGCCCCCGCUCUACUCUCCUCCAACCCUCAACUUUUCAGCAAAGAGGAUGAUGUGCAAACUCAGCUAAGGGCUUCAGGCUUGACUUUACAGGAUGUCCAGUUCAACAAAAAACAGCCAAUUUAGAAGAACUAUAAAAAAUAACAAAUAAAAUGAAUUAUGCAAA